UAACCAUAGCAUAAAGUCAAAGUAGCCUGCGAAACAAGUCAGCUCCUCUCUUCACCUGAGCUUAAAAAAAUACCCCGUCGUUCUCCUUCUUCUUUCCGAUCGCCGGAGCUUACCAAAUCCGACGCCGUUUUCCCCUCCGAUCGCAAUGGUACCACCACCACAGCCGGCGGCGGCGUCGAUUCACUCUCCGCCAUCUCCCCAAUAUACUCAACAAUUCUUAAGCAACGUUCUCUCCCAACGAGGUCCUUCUUCUCUUCCUUACUCCGAAGACGUCAAGUGGCUAAUCCGUCAACACCUCGUUUCGUUAAUCGACACGUGUCCUUCUCUUCAACCGAGAACCGCUACUUUCAUUCACAACGACGGCCGUACUGUGAAUCUCCUUCAGUCAAACGGCACCGUUCCGAUGGUAUAUCUAGAUGCAACCUACAACAUUCCGGUCAUUAUUUGGUUAAUGGAAUCUUACCCUCGUCAAUCACCGUUGGUGUUCGUGAACCCUACGCGCGAUAUGGUCAUCAAAGACUCACAUCCAUUUGUGAACUCUUCCGGUAUUGUUUCGAUCCCUUAUUUGACGAAUUGGGUUUACCCAAGUUCGAAUCUUGUUGAAUUAACUCGUAAUUUGAGUCAUUUCUUUAGCCGUGAUCCCCCUUUGUACACCCGACGGAAUCCGAAUCCGAACCCGCAUCCUCCGCCGGGUACUAGUUUUUCGAGUAGUGGGUCGACCCGACCCGCGAUACCACCUCGGGUGUAUCCACCAUCACCUUAUGUGAGUGGGAGUGGAGGUGGGAGGGAUCCGUCGGAGGUGUUUAAGAGGGAUGCAAUAGAUGAUCUUGUGGUGAAAUUGCAUAGUGAUAUUGAAGGGUUGGGGAAGGCGAGGGAGGCUGAUAUGGAAGGGUUGUUUAGUGCACAAGGAGUGUUGAGGUGUCGAGAGGAGGAGUUGAGGAGAGGGGUUAAGGAAAUGCUGGAUGAAAAGGAAGGGUUAGAGCAGCAAUUACAGAUGGUUUUGAUGAAUGCUGAUGUAUUGGAGGGGUGGGUUAGAGAUAACGAAGCGAAAGUGAAGAAAAUAGGGAAUGUGAAUGUGGACGUGGCGUUUGAGCUUUGUGAUAGUCUUUCGAAACAGAUAUUGGAUUGUACAGCCUCGGAUUUGGCUAUGGAGGAUGUGAUUUAUUCGUUGGAUAAAGCUAUACAGGAGGGGGCGAUUCCUUUUGAUCAGUACUUGAGGAAUGUUAGGUUGUUGUCGCGUGAACAAUUCAUUCAUCGUGCCACGGCUUCAAAGGUUAAGGCUUCUCAGAUGCAGGCGCAAGUUUCUCAUAUGGCUUCUAGGCUGUCUCAAUAUGCUUUGUCAUAGAUGUUUUGAAUUACUUGGAUUAUGUGUGCACUAUGGACGGAAGAGUAGAAAAGAAAUAAUUGAUGGUCGAGAUUGACAAAGGAGACAUGAGGUUUUGGACUUAAAUGUCAGUGAGCUUGCGACUGUGGGGUGGAGUGGGGCAGUCGAAGAUUAUUAUAUAAGAGGAAGAAGUUGGAUGUCAGGGUGAACAAACUGGGAGAUAUAUGUAAUUCCUUUUCUACAGGGAAUCAAGGAAGAAAUUCUUCUGAUAUUGCGGUUACUCUUUCAGAAUCUCAUCCUGAGACCUAAGUAUGCCAUUCUUUUCCGACAUGGCUUCUAUUUCUUCACAUUUCUAAACUUUCUCAAUUAUUGACCCAAAACAAGUUUUCCAGUUUCUGUUCUUUUCUAUUUAAUAGGAGAAUGAGAAACUCAGAAAAUCUCUCAACUCUGAACAAGAUAAUUAAUGGUUUGUUGUUAAUUUCUGAUCUCUUCAUUUGGGAGCUCCAUUGCUUGGGCUCUUCAAAAUAUUGCCAGAUGUGUAUCGGAUCCUCCAAAAGCUAUGUAUAGUUUAGAGGAUCCACCAUGGGUGGCAACAUUUAUGGAGGGUCCAAGCAAGACUGUUUGAAUGAUCUGCAAUGUGGUACUGGAAAUGAGUAUAAUCUCUUGAAUGAUCUGCAAUGAGGUACUGAAAAUUCUUAAUGUUCUUGGGACUUGCAACUAAUCAAGUUGUAUGAGUUGUUAAGUGAAGUGGUCUAUCGGAAACAAACUCUCUACACCUUUAAGGUUUGCGUACACACUAUCCUCCCCAGACACUACUUUGUGGUAUUACGCUUGACGAUUUGAUAUAGAUGAAUUAAGCAAGUUUUUGUUUUUGAUAGGUAUGGAGGAGACUAUAUAGUUUGAAGUAAUUGCUUUGAAAGCUAUUGUCAUUAUUUGAUUCACUUGUUGUGCACUUGCUUAACAUUCGCUUGAAUUGUUGUAUGAAAUGAGUGUAGUAUCUAUUCUCAA